UGGGUGGUUUAGGGUUCAGCAACUCUGCCUCGUCGCAGCUUCCCUCCUUCUCGAAGGGCGGCAUUGGUUCAUCACGUUCCGAACAACCUCCUUCUUUCGCUGCACCUUCUAGAGGCGGCAUUGGUUCCAAACCUUCAGCCAGCCCUGCCCCUGAAGAUAACGGAACAUCGUCACGGUCGUCCCUAACACCUGAUUCUGUGCCAUCUGCUUUCGCAAGCAGAAUACAGGGUUUCAAUCGCCCGGCUAAUCCAUCUACAAAACCUGUCGCACUCCCCGCAUCCGAAAAGGCUCACUUCAGUAAGAUCCAGAAUACCUUCGGUGCUCGAAUGCUAGCAAAGAUGGGUUGGCAAGCUGGUACUGGUCUCGGUGCGGAGGGAGAGGGCAUUGUCAUCCCCAUCGAAAGUAAAUUACGACCGCAGAAGAUGGGUAUUGCUUUCAAAGGUUUCAAGGAGAAGACGGAGCAAUCGAAACUGGAGGCGAAGCGACGGGGAGAAGCGGUCAGCGACGACGAAGACGCGAAGACGAAGAAAAUGCGGAAGAAAGUUAAAGAGCAGGAACAAAAACGCUCUGAUGCUUGGAAGCGUCCUAAGAAGGUGAAGACGAAGGUCGAGCACAAGACCUAUGAACAGAUAUUGGCUGAAGCUGGAGAGGAAGCAGUGACUCCCGGUAUUGGACAAAUCAUCGAUGCAACAGGUGCAGUGGCCAGGGAAGUCUCAUCGCUUGCCGACAUAUCCUUGAAUACUUGGUCACCAUCCAAUGACCCAACGAGAAUACCAGAAGUCCGCCACAACAUUCGUCUGAUCGCGGAUGCUUGCAAGGCGGACCUCGAUGGCCUUGCACGAGAAGCCAAAGCACUACAAGAGCGCAGGAAGUUUGUCACUACGGAAGACGCCCGUUUGCACAAGAGGGUCGAGGAUGAAGCCGAGUGGAUUGCGCGCCUCCAACAGGUGCAGCUCGUUGCGAACGAUAUCAGCACGACCGCGAGAGAUCUCUCCUCCGUGUAUGAGGUCUCGUUGGAGCCGUUUUCACCUCUUUUCCAGAAGCUCAUCAACGAAUAUUCUCCGGAAUACGACCGAUAUCAUUUGGAUGAGAUCGUCGUUGCGGCAAUCGCUCCAGUGGUACGGCGGAUGGCUGCGAAUUGGACCCCGCUGGAAGAUCCUCUAUUCGUCCUGCCAACAUUCAAAUCGUGGAAGGCAGCUUUGAAGGUCACAGAGAAGGGAGUGCAGCCUAAUACACAAGUGGAGAUAUAUGGUUCGAAAACCGUCUCUAUAAACCUCGCUGACAUGGAGAAGCCUAUGACACCGUUCGACAGUCUGCUCUGGAAUAUUUGGCUGCCGAAAGUGCGGACGUCUAUCAACAACGACUGGUCGCCGGAUGAACCACAACAAGCAGUCAGGUUGUACGAAGCUUGGUCCUCCUUCCUACCUCCGUUUAUCCGCGACAAUCUGCUCGACCAGCUCAUACUGCCGAAGGUCCACAAGGCCGUAGCAGAUUGGAACCCUCGCCAGGCCAAAGUAUCAUUGCAGGCCAUCGUCUUCCCGUGGUUGCCGCAUGUUGGUUUGAGGCUUGAAGACAUCGUUGGAGAUGCUCGCAGGAAGAUCAAGAAUCUUCUCCGAAACUGGAUGAUUGACGAACCUAUACCAGCGGAUUUACUGGCGUGGAAAGCUGUCUUCGAUAUCGGCGACUGGGAUGCCAUGAUCCUCAAAUAUGUCGUGCCAAAACUUGGAGCGACGCUCCGCACCGACUUCCGUGUCAACCCCCGCGACCAGAAGAUGGAACCGCUCAAUCGCGUCCUCGCCUGGGAGAAAUUCAUCCGACCUUCAAUCUUUUCUCAGAUACUGGAGACGGAAUUCUUCCCCAAAUGGUUGGACGUUCUCCAUUUCUGGCUUAUCCAACCGCACGUCAGCUGUGAGGAGGUCGCAGACUGGUAUUAUAAGUUUUGGAAGAAGGCUUUCUCUGAGGACGUGCGCACCUUGUCGGGUGUUGAACGCGGGUUUACUCGAGGUCUGCAGUUGAUGAACAAGGCGAUCGACCUUGGUCCCGACGCCCCUACCAAACUCGCGAAGCCGGACUUCCUCGCAGAAAUUGCGGCUGCUCGCUCACCGCGUCCUGGGAAGGAUGGCGCGAAAACUUCACGGCCGUCUGCACGCACACACGAAAUCACAUUCCGCUCGAUUGUGGAGGAAUACGCCGCCUCACACGAUUUGCUCUUCAUCCCAACGGGCAAGGCGCACGAGCGCUCGCGUAUGCCGAUCUUCAGAGUUAGUAGGAGCACCGAUGGCCGUAAGGGGCUGCCUGUCUAUAUUCUGGAUGACGCUGUUUGGGCACCUCAGUCAGGCGACGCUCCGAAUGUUGAAGGGGAAGAGUUCAAGGCAAUCAGUUUGGAGGAUAUGGUUCUUCGGGCGGGUUAGA